UUUUCUAACAAUAAUGUGUUUUUAAAACAAAGCAUUCUUUGUGGCUACUAUGAGACUAGAAAAUGCUGUAUGUUACUUCCUGGUCUUUCGUUUAUUUACUCGAUACAUUCGUGAUUAUAAACAAAGAGUAAAAAAUUGAGGUAGCUGUAUCCUGUUUUGAAAAAUAAAUAAAUAAAUAAAUGAAAUGAAAUGGAACUAAUGAUAUACAAAGUCGAAAGGAUGGAUGUUUGUUGAACAUUUUUUUUGGUUCACUUUCUACGAAGAGAGGAAGAGGGAAAUCUUUAGGAAGCUGGUCGCGAGAUAAAUGAUUGAAUAGAAUGCAGUUGAAAAGAAAGAAUAAUAAAAAAAAUCUCUGGUAGUAUUUCAGUUCAUGAGAUUUACUUGUUACGAUGGAUAUUUUACCGGAAAAGUAGAGGAGAGAGAGAGAAAGGAAUCAUUGAUACAUACUUUAUGAAGAACACCAUCUGGUUGAUAAUAAGGGUCAUAAUUCUAUUUGAAAAUUCGGAGACGGUUCAGGUCGAGCCCAAGAGAAGUCCAAAAUGGGAUGUGCACCAGGAUUCUUAAAGAUAAUAUGUUUACAAUCCUCUAUAACAGGCGAAGUUUGGCACUGUAAUUCGAUAGAGAGAUGAUUGGAUUCAUGUAGACGAAACUAGUUUUGUUAGAUAAACAAUAUAGUAAUGAAGAGGAGAGUAAUUAGUGAAACUCCCAAAAAAAGAACCUUACUUGGUGACAAGAAGCAUAUAGCCGUGACUUCUCGAGAUGAGAUAUAUGGAGGGAACCUUGAAUGCUUUGAAAAUGAAAAGUACAAUCAUCUGAUUCAUUGAUGUGAACAGUGGAGCAGCAUGGAAUAUUCACCGUGCAUCCUCGUAAGCCUUGUAUAAUUAAUUUAAUCGGUCUUUGCUCUUGGUUAUCAAUUAUGUUACCAUCUAUGCUUUCGUCGCAUAAGUUCGAUAAGAAAAGGGUCUCAUUCUCGAAUCGUUUGACCUUUGUAUCUUCACGUAUUUGCUUGUGGGUAUACGAUUUUGUUUGUUGCAGCACGUGGUUGGAUCGAUGGAAACGAAAAGGAAGACGAGGUAGGAUUUCAGAACGUAUCUGAUGUAAACGUACGAUCAAGUCAGAAAGUUGAUCCAUUAACUUCAUCCUAUCAUAGGGUGCCAACUGCUCUUGGUUCUCAUUGAGCAUGCUAGUCAUCCUUGAAACAUCUUCGGAUCGAUUCUCAAACCAUUUUGCUUUUUCUGUCCGAGAAGUAUCUGCUUUUGGCUUGUCUUGGUAUAUUUUUUGCAAGAACUCUACAUUACUCUUUAGUUAGUAUUUCACGAAAUCUGCCGAUGUUAAUGUUGACCCAAGCAUUACCUUUUCGCAAAAGCACAAUCCUUUCUUCCAUGAUAUUUACUUGAAAGAAAAAAGGAUCAAUUUAAAUUUCAUAAGCAAAAGAGAAUAUUUGUUCACUAAUGUUGUUUUAAGUAACUGAAAGCAUUCACGAAAACGAAUUUGGCUUAGUACAAUCAAUGAAAAAAAAAAAAAAAAAAAAAAAGGUCAAAAAGAUUAUAAUAUGAAAUUUUCCUAUUAAAUGGAAAAUGUUUGGAAACCAAAAUUAGCUAGUGAAUCGUCGGUUUCAAAUUCGUUCUAACGGCGGCGUAGACGAUAUGAAUAAAAGAAAUGGUUUGAUCUCUAUGGCUCCAGAAAUCCUGAAAUUGCAUUCUUUUCCAUUUGUACUGUACGUCUAUUAAAAGUUAGCAUAUUAAAAACAAAAGAAAUGUCAUGUUAGUGGCAUGGUGUUCAUGUCCUUUAAUGUGCUUUUAUAUACCUUGCAUUCAGGUAUUGUAUGAGAAAUCAGAUACCAUACUUACUUCGUAGGUUUUAACAAAACAAUUCAUGUACUUAUAUAUGUUCAUUAAUUUGGACAGCACACGUCUUCUGCCACCGGAGCAGGAGCAUACAUUUCGAGUAAUCUGUUGGAACGAAACAUUAAGCAUUGCUAGCAAAGAAUCUCUUCAAUAUGGAAUGAAAAGAAAAAAAAAUAAAUAAAGGAACGAAUUCUCCUAAUUGAUACAUUCCUUUAUCGUUUCUUACAUUUCUUUUGCUUACUUUAAUAAAUCUGAUAUAGUUAAAACCACAUAAAGUUAUCGGUCCGAUCUAUGAUCUAUGACUUGAGAAUAUUCGAUUACUUGGCAAGUUUGAACUCGCAAAAAAAAAAAAAAAAGAAAGAAAAAUUAUAUUCUUUACUACCCUCUUCCUGUAUUACAAGCUAGGCCCUCUAACUGUAAAAUAAUUUAAAAAAUAGAAGGAUUGGUGAUCACUCCAAAGGGUACAUCAAGCAAGCAACUGAAAAGUCCAAUUACAAAAGAAAAUGGAAAAUUUACAAGCCAAAGAUGGAGUUCUGUUGAGUCAACGGCGGCAUACGGCUAGCUCAGGACCAACGAGACGAGCAUCUGCUUUCAGUCGUACUGAAGAUAUGGAACCUGUUGGUGAAAGUAUCGAGUUGAGACCACUUUCUAGCAAGCAAAAGCAAUUGCAGGCUGAGGAUAAUUUAACCACGGUAGAAGCUGGAAUGCAUUAUUUUGAGGAAGACCAGGACAUGCUUCCUCCCAAGCGCUCAAUUGCUUUUAUAUUGAUCAACAAUAUGAUGUGUGAAAUGUCCGCAACUACAGCCUUGCCAAUUUCAGCCGCGUAUACACAAUACCUUGGUGGGACAGACGCAUUUUCUGGUCUUGUAAUUGGUAUCCCAACCCUUGUUUCUCUAGCGUUCAUGUACCCAAUGCUUCUUUUCGCAAAUCCAAAGUCAGCACAUGGGUAUACACUCUAUUUCCGACCCUUAUUUACCUCUUGUUUUGCACAUAUUAUUGGACAUUUGUUGUACAGUCUUGCAUAUCGUGCUCAUUGGAUCUAUUUAAUUUUGAUUGGACGUAUGUUUAACGGAAUUGGGUUUACAAUGUUUUUGUAUCACAAAAAGUAUCUGGCUGAUAAAUACUUUGUUGGAAGGAAUCGAUCAACGUUUCUGUCAACCUUGAAUAUCCUUGCUCAAACUUUAGGUUUCAUGUCAGGUGCAUUUCUAGGAGGUGUCUUAGCUAAAGCAUCUCAAAAUAGCCGGAACUCUUACUGGAAUGAAUACACUGCUGGAUCUUGGUUUAUGUUGAUUGCAUGGGGUGUCUACAUGAUAUUUCUAAAAGUACUUUUUAAAGAGGUCCUACCAGAUGAUAACAGGGAUGUUUCACACAGAGCAGAAGCAAGCCAGGCUCAAUCAAUUCGCUUGUCGUUUUUACAAAAGUGUUUUAUAAUCUUUCUGUUUUUAGCUGCUUUUACUUGUUACUUUUCCAUCAUGGGAUACCAAACAAGUAUUCCUAUUUACGCAAGCAGAGCGUAUAAUUACAAUCCCUUUCAAACUGGUAAUUUCUUAGCACUUUCCUCCCUCGUCAUAACUCCUUUUAUUCUGUUUAGCACGCUCUUAUCCAAAUGGCUUGAAGAUCGUCAAAUUAUGCUACUUGGUGUUUUAUUAGGAGCUCUAGCUCUUGUCAUACAUUUAAUUUUAGAUGCUGUACACAAACUCCCCGUUCAGCCAUACUUCGUUUUAUAUUCCCUAAUGACCUUUGGUUACGGAGUUGGUGCUGCUCCAUUCAUGUCUCUUUCCUCCAAGCAGCUUCAUCCCAAAUUUCAAAUCUUGGUGAGCAUCGUUGUUCAAGUUGGUGUCUCUUUGGCUGAUACUGUAGGCGCUAUUACCGGAGGUGCCAUCUACAAUAUAACUACAGUCGGUUUUAUCGCAAUGAAUCUUGGUUUGGCUGUGUUGGUGCUUAUUGUAUUGCUAUGUCUGUGGAACUCAAUUAAAGAGAAAACAACCUAAAACCACCAUCUUCUUUUCUAAAUCCAUUCACCCUCUCCAUACUAUACUUACAUAUGUAUAUAUAUAUAUAUAUAUAUUCCCUACUCGUUUUUGGUAACGCUUUUUUUUUUAAAUCGUUUGCAACUGAUUUCGCUAGAACUCAUCAUAGUUCAAUAUUGGUGUCAAAAGAAUGCACCCAAACUGUUAUAAUUAGGUAGAAAUUUCUUUAAAAUAAAUAACUUUAAUUAAUUCUUAUAAUUAAAAUAAAUCCAGGUUUUAA